AUGCAACAAUUUUUUGCCACAUCAAAAUAUGAUAAAAAAUCUAUCUACAAAAAUCCAGAAAUGCAAUAUCAUCAUUUUACAAACACAUUUGGAUACUAUCACAUGAUCAAAGCAGGAAAUCCAUCAUAUCCAAAAAAAAACCUAUGCACAGAAGCCAAGGAAGCAUGGAAGCUUGUUAAAAAUAAAAAGAAAAAUGAAAUUGAUAACAAGAUUAGAGAAUAUCUUACUACACCUAUUCCUAUACAAUCUUAUGUUUCUCACCUAUUUUAUGAAACAGUCUCUAAAAAUGCAGCAGCACAAAAAAAAUCACUUGCUAUAAAAAAGGAAAAUGUUAAAAAAUUGGUUGAAUUGGAAGCAAUCUACGGAGCAACCAGUGAUCUUCAGCUCAAAAAUAAUAUAUUACAUCGAAUUCUUGAUGUAAACCAGAUAAUUGAAAAAGAAACAAAAAAAUUAGAAGUUGUAAUAUAUGAUAGCCCUGGUCGACCACCUCUUCUUUUUGAUUAUCCAGAUCUUCAUGAACAUAUAUACGAUUGUAUUGAGUUUGGAAAGGCACAUAGCAAACGAAGGCAUGAAAUUAUUAAAGUAAGAAUGAUUAGCCAUCUUCAUUUAGCACUCGAAAUAAAAUAUAAUGAAUAUCUUUCAAGGACUAUGCUUAAUAAUUACCUUUUGCCCCAAAACUUCUCAAGUAUUGCCGCAAGAGUGCAUCACCAUCCUGCCUUAGUAGCUAUUACAAAUGUUUCUAGAUCAGAAAAAAAUGAACACACUGAUAAGCACUAUUGCCUCGCUUCAGUUAAAGCUGUUGGCAAAACCUUUCAAACAAUGCAAACUAUUCAUGAAACUGUUACUCUUGCUGAUCAUGAUUUUCCUAUAGGAGCUCAUCAAAAACUUAUUCCCUCCGUAUACCUUGCCAUUGACUCUUCAGAUUCUAAUGAUACACUUUGCAAAGGCCAGUUGGGUAUUUUUGUUCGUCCCCAAUAUAACAUCAGCACAAGUUCUAAUACACAUAUGGCAGAUCUAAUUAAACUUACUAACCAAGAAUCCUUUACUAAUAUUUUUAAAAAUAAUAAUCAGUCAGCCUAUAACUCUGUUGAACGAGCCAUGUGCACACUCUCUGGAAAGCUUGUAGGUAUAACUUUAUCAAUAGAUACCUUUGGUUCUCACUUGGAUAGCCAGGAUAAAGUUAUUAACCAAGAACUUGCCAAAAAAAACUUUUGUCAUACUGGAGAAACCUUGUGUACACUCUGGAGCAGAGACUUAAUUUUCAGUAAGAAUGUUAUGACUCAACAUGAAGAAUCUGCUGCUUUUCUUGCAGAAAAUGAUGGGUUUCUUCUACCAGUUUCAAAAGGCCAGGAUGAAUAUUACCUUAAUCCAGUUUAUAUCUUACAGUAUGCUGAUAUAUUAAAAUUACCAGCUUAUAACACCCAUUGUCCAUCUAUUUCACCUGAAAUGCAUCAUCGUCUCUGCUGCACUUUCUGUGGAAAAUAUUUCCCUAUGCUUAAGAUGAUCACAACUCAUAAAAAUCUAAAUAUAUGA